UAGAAACGUACGAUUACAGAUCUCCUCGUUUUCAGUCGCACGCGAUUAGCAAGGAAGCAGUUUGUUCGAGUGAAUCGUGCGUCUCAAUGGAGGCCUUCAAUAUAAAAUUCGUGGGGGAAGUGGAGAAGUAUCCCGAGCUAUAUAAUUACACCCUUCAGGCCUAUGCAAAAAGGGAUGCUACUAGGAAGGCAUGGAACAAGGUUGCCAGAGAAGUCAAGUUGUCAGUGAACGAAUGUAAAGAGAAAUGGCGAAAUUUGAGGAGCACCUUCGUGAAGAACCUCAAGCCAAAACCAAGUAGAAGUGGAGGAAAAAAGAAACCAUACUAUUUAAUGGAGGCUAUGCAGUUUGCGGUUCCUUUUGUAAAAGUUGCUGGUACUCCAACUGGUAAUGUACCUGAAGUGUCGCAGACCCUGACCUCGCUUUCCACGCCUGACGUAUUCGACGCCGAUGAUAUGGAGGGUGAAGAAAACGAGUCAAUUGACGAUGUUCUUGAUAUCCAUAUGAGUAGUCCAUCACCAUCACCAUCCUCUUCAGCAACUUCGAGUCAGUUAACAUGGGCAAGUCAGGGGGACAGAGCCGGUACGCCAACAUCGGUCAUGCCGACUGUAUCAAAAGGUCCUCAUGGUCAUCCAGUAAGGACAAGGAAGGUGCAAAGUGAUGCAGCUGAUAAAGCCUCCAGUGCCUAUUUUUCGGCAAAGCAAGCUAAAUUGUCUGUUCCCCCUCAACCAAAGAAUGAAACUGACAAGAGGGAGGAAGGAAUAAAAAACUUUGUGAUGAGUCUACUUCCGGACCUUAUGCAGCUAAACGAUGUUCAACUGAGGCAAUUCAAGAGGAAAGCUUUGCUCCUCAUAGACGAAAUUGACGAGCGCUACAGUGUCCUCUACGAUUCACGUGCACUUGCUUAA